AGAGCAUUCAGCUCUUAAACUUGAGCACUUGAAUAUGCUUUUAGUACAUAACGGGAUUCAAAAUUGAUCUUCCAGAUAUGUACUAUGUGACAAUGAUUUGAAAGUGGAGUGUAUUCUGGUGUACUAUUGUCAUUGUUUCUGUGUCGGAACCCUGUCCGGGAGUUGACAGAUGCUUCAUUGCCAUCAUUCGUUUCAAGGAACGGUUCUUGAAUUUUAAGGACAAAUGGAAUCGUUAUCUACGAAAACUGUCGCUUUGAUAUUGGAUGUGAAUAUGUAAUUUUAAAUGCUUUUUUUUAUUUUUAAUGUGUUUAUUCGAGUGUAGCAAGUUGGAGUAAAAAGGGUUCUUAAAUUCUGUAUUCUUUUUAGUCUGGAUCUGUAACUAUCGUACUUAUUUUACGGACAAAUAUUUUGGAGAAACCUGCAUCGAGUGUUAAUUCCCGCUUGUUUGAACAUAAAACCGAAGUAAGGAUUUUCUUCUUCUGCCGUGCCCGAAUUACGGUGCACAGACUUGAUUUUCGGCAUUUACUUUUAUCUGGAAGUUGACGACCCCUUCGAAUUUCUCAAAAGAUCUCGCUAAACAUCAUAAGCCAUAAAAUAAACUUUAAGCUUGUCUUUCAACAUGGAGGACUCGUAAGAACUUUGUUCUUGGUUAUGGUUACUGGAGGGGCAUUAGAGGGACAGAAUGACAGAUGUUUUACCAAGGCUCGCUUACCAGCCCAAGUCCCACUCCUUUGAUGAGAGGAGGCUCAGUUCCUACCCCAGACCGGACCUAGCCGAUGGGGAGGAGGAACUCUCACGUGAUAAUUUUCCGCCAACCUUCACCACUGUCUUGCCAAAUGUAAACUCUGAUGGGUACACCCUCACGUCCUACGCGUCCUAUAUUGGAGACCCCCGAAAACUUAUAGUACACUAUGUGUCCACUCCGGCCUCCAUUAGAGUUUCACUCAACGCCAAUUCACAUCUGAACAAUGUACCUUCAGCCCCGCCCACCAAAAUCCACAGGCCACGGACUGCUGCAGCCGUGCUGUCCGCUAAAUCUGAGUCAAGUUGUGACCGGGUUUCCCAGGUGGAGCACGAACCCACCCGUCGCCACAACCUGGAGAACCACAUGCCAACCAAACGCAACAAACCGCCGCCGUGGCAAAAGAACCUAGACGCCCCCCUCGUACCCUUCGUCACUGGACCCGGUUACAUAUUGUCAAAGAGCAAGUCCAAGUUUGCCGUCACCAUCAAGGAGGAGUUCUUUGAUCCUGUGGCUGAUGAAUCUCAAAAGAGGAAACACAUCCCCACAGAAAGAGUGCAAAGUAAUAGCCAGAAAGACACGUUCAAGUCCACCGGUUCUAUGAACGAGCAUGCGUUCAUGGAACAACUGAUGGAAAGGGACACGAUGAUCCAACAGUUACAGGAACAAAUCUCUGACCUGUCUCUGUAUCUGGAGGAAGAGAGGGUCAACCACAGACAAACCAAGCAAAGGGCGGAGGAGUUUCUAAAAGACAAAAUAAACGAACUAAAUGAUCAACACAAUGAUGCAAUCAGGGACCUUGAGGAGGAUCACCGAGAGGACAUGGAGAGACUCCGCCUCAGUAUCGAGGCCGAACACCAGGCCUACAAAACGGCCGCCGAGGGACAGAUACUGAAAAUGAAGAAAGAGAUCGAGUUUUUACAAGGGGCCUUUGAAUCUUACAAGAGCUCGCUUCACCAAGAUAUGGACGACAAGUGGAAUAAGCGAGAAAGUGACCUCAAGUUAAUGCUUCAGGAGGAAAAACAGGCCGCCAUUCACGAAAUGAAAAUGAAAGUGAUACAAGAGAGGAAUGUUGAAAGAAUAGCCGUGCAGAAAGACCAUCAGAAAGCCAUUGACAAUCUACGCAAGGAGCACAAGAAAGAACUUGAUGCUUUAGUAAGGAAGUUUUCAAAUGCAGCUGCUGAUUUAGAAAGAUUAAAGAAAACUACAGCGGAGUUGAAGGAAACAAAGCGAGACCUGGAGACGAUAACGGUGGCCUACAAUGAGACCUGUCAACAGUUGGCCAUCACCUCCAGGGAACUGGCCGAUACGAAAGUUAAGCUAUUGUCUUUUGAGGAACAGUUUGAAGAGAAAGUCCAGCAAGUGGAUUUUAAAUAUCAGCAGAAAAUUAAUGAUCUUAUUACACAGAAUAUAGAGCUACGACGGCUGUAUGUAAAGAAGUGUGGACAACUCUACGAGGAAAAGGUCAACGUAGAAAUGGAUAGAGUUAAAAGAGUCCAGUCUGCGAAAGAAGUCAUGCAGUCAAUGUUACGGUCAAAACAAAGGUCUGACGUCAGCUUUGCUCCCGGGGACCCAGAAUAUGAGGAAGUGACCCACAAACCAAAAACCAGACCGGGAAGUGCUCCUUUAACGAAACACGAGAUGAAGAAAGCCCACUCGUCCGUGGGAAAUACGGAUCACUUGCUGGAAAAGGAAGAAAUUCCAGAAUUCCCUGAUAACUUUUUACCGGAAGUCAGUAAAGAGAUUGAUGAACUCAAAAAACAGAUAAUGUCAGAUAUAAAGCUGCCAACAAAAGAGGAAAUGUUGCAAGCGCUGGACAGUGCUAGGUAGUGACCUAAAUUUACAUUUCUGACGUCAUGACAUGACGUAAACAUAUAGGAAUAUACAUGACUAUUAAGUAUUACAUGUGAUAGAGGGUACAUGUGUUUAUUUUUACAAAAUAUCAUUACACAUUUAUUUACUUAAGAGUAUUUUCCAUAUUUUUUUAUUUAUAGAUUAAUUCUAUGUAUAGAAAAUAGCCAUAAUUAGUAUUUAUUUUAAAUAUAAUAGUUAUAUUUCAGUUUAUGUGGAAAGCUGCACCAGCUCGUUAAUUUAAUGUAUUAUACUGUACAAUAGAAGUAUUUCUCCAUGCUGUGAUAAACUUAUACUCUGUUCAAAUGAACAUUUAUUUAUUUAUGUACUUUUAAGUCCUAUUCCUUUAAAAAAAAAUCACUUAUAAAAAUGUUUACUAAUCGGGUAGUUAUAUUAAUGUCUUAGAAAAUAUUUUUUUCUUGCAUGUUUUGCGAGACAAUGAUAUAAUUUAUUACAAUUUAUAUACGAAAAGAAAAUAUUGAUCACGAAGUGCUUCAUUGACUGUACUGAAUAAAAGUAUGAAAUGGA